AUGGCUGAUUGGCAGAAGGAAGGAUGGUUGCAUAUCAACGAUGAGCGUAACCCUCCUCCUUGGGGACGUAUUGGUUUCCCAGAGGAUAUUGUUGGUAGUGUGGAGAUCAAAGAUGGUGUGAUUCAAAAGGGAACAUAUCAACCUAUGCCUGCCCAUCGUUUGAUGACUCGUGAUGGUAUCUUUAAACUCUCGGAACCAUUGACCAACCUCGUUGUGAACGAAGCUAAAAAGAAGGCAUCUCAAUAA